CCCCACUCAGCUUUUCCCCAGCAUUUAUUAAGGGCGCUGGGCUCUUGCUUCUCACUCUCGCUUUCCUCCAGCCAGACUCAGCUUGCUUGAAAGCCUCUUGCCUCGUCCUAUCCCGCCAGCUGUUGAAAGUCGCGGAAGAACUUUGUGUCUGUUCAGCGAUGCAUUUCCCUGAGAUUCUGUUUUGUGCUUUCUGGACUGCGGUGUUGGCGGAGAACUCGGAUGAUUAUGAGCUCAUGUAUGUGAAUUUGGACAACGAAAUAGACAAUGGAAUCCAUUCCACCGAAGACCCCACGCCAUGCGACUGCAGUCGAGAGCACUCCGAAUGGGACAAGCUCUUCAUCAUGCUGGAAAACUCGCAGAUGAGGGAGGGCAUGCUGCUGCAGGCCAUGGACGAAGUCCUACGGAGCGAACUGCAGAGGCUGCGGGCUGAGCUGGGCCAGUUCGCUAGUAGCCUACCGAGGCCAAGCACGCCGGCGGCCCCGGCCGAGGCCCGGCUGGCGAGGGCGCUGGACCAGCUGCUACAGGCGAGCCGCGAUGCGAGCCACAGGCUGGCGCGCCUGGAGGGCCCCGCCGCGCAGCGGCCGGAGGAGGUGGAGCGCGCCCUCGGCGCGGCGCUCGCCGAGCUUCGGCAGACGCGAGCAGACCUCAGCGCGGUGCAGGAGUGGGCGGCCCGACGCUUGCUGCCCGCAGGUUGUGAAACAGCGAUUUUAUUCCCAAUGCGUUCCAAGAAGAUUUUUGGAAGCGUGCAUCCAGUGACGCCAAUGAAGCUUAAGUCAUUUAGUGCCUGCCUUUGGGUCAAAGCCACAGAUGUUUUAAACAAAACCGUCUUAUUUUCCUAUGGCACAAAGAAGAAUCCAUAUGAGAUCCAGCUGUACCUCAGUUAUCAAUCCACAGUGCUUGUGGUGGGUGGAGAGGAGAACAAACUGGUUGCUGAUACCGUGAUUUCCCUAGGAAGGUGGACCCAUCUGUGUGGCACUUGGAAUUCAGAGACAGGGUCCAUGUCCUUGUGGGUAAAUGGAGAACUGGUGGCUACCACUGUAAAGAUGGCCUUAGGUCAUGCUGUUCCUGAGGGAGGAAUCCUGCAGAUAGGCCAAGAAAAGAAUGGCUGCUGUGUGGGCGGUGGCUUUGAUGAAACUUUAGCCUUUUCUGGCAAACUCACAGGCUUCAAUAUCUGGGAUCAUAGUCUCAGCCGUGAAGAGAUAAGAGAGGCUGGAGGAGCCGAGUCUUGUCACAUCCGGGGAAAUGUGGUUGGGUGGGGAGUCACAGAGAUCCAGCCACAUGGAGGAGCUCAAUACAUCUUGUAAGGGUUGUGAAACUCUACUUGAAGCCAAAGAAAGAAACUCAUGUCUUAAAUCUAUGCCAGCUGGGAAGGUCUAAAAACUUCAGCACAUAAUAAGAACACUUGAGACUAAUGAAGGACAGAGUUGAGAUUGAUCUUUAUUUAUCUUGGCAAAAUACUGAUAAACAGUGGAAGGGAAGAUAUUGGAGAAGGUUUUGGGGAUAGUGAUACUAGACUUUAUGCCAUGGUGCUUUCAGAUUAAUCUGCAUCUUUAUCAGAUAAGCUCACAAAUAAUUAAAAAAGAUUGUAUUGUUGAACAGAAGGACAAUUGUUUUACUUUCCUUUGGUUAAUUUUGUUUUGGCCAGAGAUGAAUUUUACAUUGGAAGAAUAAUAACAUUUGUUGUUCAUUAUUCAUUGUUAUUGGUAUGUACCUUAUAAAAAAUGAUAAAACAUAUUUAUACUAUAAUGUGACUUAACAAAUAUAAAUGUAGUUUACAUGUUAUUAUCGAAUGUUGUUCUUUUGGAGGAGAUAGUUGUAUAAGUUAUAUUGUAAAAUGGUUUUGUAUUAAUUUUAUUAAGACUAUUUUUGUAAAGCUCUACGGGAAAUAAAAUAUUUUAUAAAACUAACUCAUGUUGUCUAAUUAUAAAUUUAAGAAAUGUUUUG